UUAUCUGCGUUUUUGCCUUUUGUUUCAGCAGUAAACCUGGAAAUCUUAGCAGAGUUUGGCUGGAACCAUAUUAGAGUGUUUCCCUACGGAACUCGUACUCAGUUGCACGUCGUCAAGAAUCCUUAUCAGAUAGACAGAAAUUUCCAACAUGGCAGAGACCCACAGCUUGCAGGACAUGAGGCAGCAAGCGGCCGUCGCUGCCAAAGUCUUCAUUCAGAGAGAUUACACCAAUGGAACCAUGUGCCAGUUCCAGACCAAGUUUCCUUCGGAGCUGGAGACCAAGAUUGACAAGCAGCAGUUUGAAGAGACGAUACGGACACUGAACAACCUUUAUGCAGAGGCAGAGAAGCUGGGAAGUCAGUCAUUUAUUGAAGGCUGUCUGGCGUGCCUCACAGCUUACGCAGUCUUUCUGUGUAUGGAGACUCAUUAUGAGAAGGUUCUGAAGAGGAUUGCAAAGUAUAUCCAGGAACAGAAUGACAAGAUCUAUGCACCGCGAGGCCUCCUGCUGACAGAUCCUAUCGAAAGAGGACUCCGAGUCAUCGAGAUCACCAUCUAUGAAGACAGAAGCUUCACCAGAUAAAAUCAGUAACAUGAAGCUGUGUGACAGAGCAGAGCUGCUGGGCAACAGAACCAGAUCCCUGAAGACCUCCCAGACCCACGACCUUAAUGCUGUGUCUUUACAAUCUGUCCCUGCUGUUCAAGUGUUGUUCAGAGAAUCCCUUGUGACUAAGUUGGACAUUUGAAGAAAUGUUGGAACAUCUGACAUUUCUGCGACCCUUUUUGUAUUUUAGCGCUCACAUUUGUAAACGUUUGUGUUAAGCUGACUACAAAUAGAAGUAUAGAAAAGUCAGUUUAACUCAGAAUGUAAGCAGUCUUUUAACCCUUUCAUGGUCAACUACUGCAGCUGUUUGAAAGUUAGCUUUCAAGUUGAAUUACCCUUUUUGUUUUGUUUUUCUGGACAUAUGUGUCCUUGUCAGAAUUCCUUUUGGAUGGUACAGCCAUCAAACAGGGGAACAUAGAGUUCAACUGUGCUGUAAGGGUUCAUUUUGCCUGAACUGAUGGAAUAAUUCUGGGCUCUGUGGUUAUUGGUGCAUGGUUAGAUCUUUUUAUUUUUUGUUUGUUUUCAUUUUUUUCCCCAGGGCUGUUUGAUAGUUUUGUGCCUGUUUUCUUUGCACCUUAUCAGCCUGUUUUCCAAAUAUGGUUGUAAACCUUGUAUUUAAAGCUCUAUGGAGUCCUGUGGCAAAAUUGUUAUUCUUGUAAAUAUUUGAUUUGUAUGCAUUGAUUCAACAGAUCCUUUAGUUCUGUACUCCGUGUAUAAUACUGUAGGUGCAGUCUCUUUAUUUUCAUUUGGAAUUUGUGCUAUGCAUAACAUGUAACUACUGCUUAUUUUUAUUAUUUUUAAUAUAUACAUAAUACUCCAAUAUUGCCUUUGACCAAAGUACAAAAAGUGCUCUUGUUAGCUGACUGAGCCCAGAGUGGCUUUGAAUGUUGCCUGUAUGUAAGAUUAAAGGGCCGGUCACAUCAAAAUUAAAAGAACAAACUUUAAAACAUCUCAGUGGAAUGGUUGAGAUUGGCACACAUUAUAAAAGCACAAACUGUUUUAAACAAGGCUUGUGGUCUGCUGCUUUCAGGCCUAAACAGGAAAGUAAUUGUCAAAUAUUUCUUUAGAAGUUUUCUAGGUGUGCACUAAUCAACUGACCAGAGAUCAAAAUCUUUGAUUUUUGCCUUUCAGGUUAAGGGUUCAGAUUUUUUCCUCAUUCAUUUAAAGCAUCACAACUAAAAUCUGUCAAUAAAUGCAUCAAACAAAAUGCAUGUUAUAUGAUGCGUCUUUAAUAAAAUCUGAUAACAGUCAGAGACUCUCAUUGUGCAGUAUGUACUGUAAGCUGCUGAUGUUAUGCUUCAGUUAUCUCAGAUGUCCUGUAAAAAAUCAUCUUGAAUCUGCUACGUUUGUCAGUAGACAGCUUUGAUUGUGUAACUAACGGUAAAUCAAGUGGAAGUCUUCUAUAAAUAAACUUCGAUUUGUGUUUUGUCUUUAGAUUUUUAUGUUGAGCCCACUAAUUGAAUCUUUGUUCUUUUGCCAAAUGAAAUUCAAAUGUAUUGACGAACUAAAAGAUAUGCUAAUAAAUCAUGUAAAUAUGU